AUGACAGCAGUCACCGAAAUCCCGUCAAGCGAGCGCGUAGAACCAGGCUCUCACAAUAUCGCCUUCGGUCAAUUCCCCACAACAAGUUCCACAACACCCGAAGACCCGGACCGCAUCGCAACGGAUGUAGUGGAUCAGCUCAACCAGAGUCUCUCGGCUAAGGAUAGCGCAGCAGUCUCUGCACUGUUUAUCGAGAACAGUUAUUGGCGUGAUCAUUUGUGCUACUCAUGGGAUUACCACACUAUCAAGGGAGACCAAGCCAUCUCCGCGUUUGUGACUGAGCCAAAUACCCCUAGCAAGAUCGAGAUCGACCGGUCUUCUGCCCUCAAGGCCCCACAUGCUGGUCCCAUUGAUGCCUUUGGUGAUGUGAAUGGCAUCGAAUUCUUUAUCAAGGUCACCACACAGAACGGACAGGGUGAUGGUGUCGUGCGAUUGGCGGAAGAAGAUGGCAAGUGGAAGGUCUUCACUGUCUUCACCUCCUUGACCGGGGCCACGGGUAUCAAUGAGGCAACCGGCCCCAAUAGGCCUGUUGGUGCUCAUCAUGGGGAAGAACAAGGCCGAAAGAAUUGGAGAGACCGUCGCGUAGACGAGGCCAACUUCGAGAGCAAAGACCCUGCAGUAUUGAUUGUUGGAGCUGGACAGGGCGGCCUGACUGCUGCUGCGCGUCUCAAGAUGCUCAACGUCGACACCCUGAUAGUCGACAAAGAAGAGAGAAUCGGCGACAGUUGGAGACAGCGUUACCAUCAACUCGUGCUCCACGACCCUGUUUGGUUUGACCAUAUGCCAUACCUGCCCUUUCCAUCCAGCUGGCCAAUCUUCACACCAAAGGACAAACUGGCAGACUUCUUUGAGUCAUACGUGAAGCUUCUGGAGCUUAACGUCUGGACCAAGACUGAAGUGGUUUCAUCCACGUGGGACGAGAAAGAGAAGAAGUGGACCAUUGUCCUCGAGCGCAAGAAUGUCGACGGAACCACCGAGACACGCACCUUGCACCCUCGCCACAUCAUUCAAGCCACCGGCCACUCCGGCAAGAAGAAGAUGCCCACUUUCAAGGGAAUAGAGAGCUUCCAAGGAGACCGACUCUGCCAUAGCUCAGAAUUUGCCGGCGCAAAGUCCGAGUCGAAGGGUAAAAAGGCAAUUGUCGUUGGAUCAUGCAACUCGGGGCACGAUAUUGCCCAGGAUUACUUUGAGAAAGGAUACGAUGUAACCAUGGUGCAGCGAAGCUCUACAUGCGUGGUUACAUCCGACUCUAUCACGAACAUCGCAUUGAAGGGGUUGUAUGAAGAGUCUGGACCUCCAACUGAAGAUGCAGACCUUUACCUGUGGAGUAUCCCGCCACCCCUGUUCAAGUCCCAGCAAUUGAAAGUCACCAAGGCAAUGAAUCAGAACGAUGCAAAGAUUCUGGAGGGGCUUGACAAGGCAGGCUUCAAAGUGGACAAGGGCCCCAUGGACUCCGGUCUUUUCAUGAAGUAUUUCCAGCGCGGAGGCGGCUACUACAUUGAUGUAGGCGCCAGUCAGCUCAUCAUGGAUGGAAAAGUCAAGGUGAAACAUGGUCAGGAAAUCAGCGAGGUCCUUCCUAAUGGCCUACGAUUUGCCGAUGGUUCUGAGCUCGAAGCGGACGAGAUUGUCUUUGCGACUGGAUAUCAGAACAUGAGGACCCAGGCUCGUAUCAUCUUUGGCGACAAAGUCGCUGAUCGUGUUGGCGAUAUUUGGGGACUCGACGAGGAGGGAGAAUUCCGCACAAUCUGGCGUCGGAGUGGUCACCCCGGAUUCUGGUUCAUGGGUGGGAACCUGGCCUUGUGCAGAUAUUACUCUCGUCUCUUGGCACUCCAGAUUAAGGCACUUGAGGAGGGUCGUACUACUUACUAG